GACGUCCCGGUCAGCGCGCACGAACCCGUCGUGCCGCGCGCCAUCUCCGUCUGCUGCAGGGGAUCAUCCAUCUAUCCAUCCUCCAGUCCUCCUCUUCCGUGCAUGUGUAAUACGGGCAUACGGCAGCGCAUUCCGGCAUCUCUCCCCGCGUCCUGCCCGAGCCCGGAGCCCCCCCAGUUGCUCCGCUUCGCGCCUCUCCCCGCCGAUCCACCCGAACCCUAGAUCUCGUCGAGGAGUUCCGUUGACGACGAGGAGAGGGGAAAAACCGUUUCGCUUGUGGACCAUGGCGGCGGCAGCGGCGGCUUCGUCGUGGUGGGCGGGGCGGAUGUCCGCGGCGUUCGGGGCGCCGUUCCUGUGGCUCGUCUGCUUGAUCUACUUCGUCCAGGGUUUCAGAUCUUUUGUCUGGACAGCUGUCUCAUAUCAAAUGAAGGACAUGAUGAAGUUGUCACCCUCAACAUCACAGUUUUUGGUCUCUGUUGCAUAUUUCCCUUGGAGCAUCAAACCUAUAUAUGGGAUUUUGUCAGAUUGUAUUCCAAUUAGGCAGAGGAAGCGUGUACCUUAUUUGAUAAUUUCUAGUUGUCUUUCUCUCCUUCCGUGGCUUAUCAUUGGGCUUUCAGAACCUUUGAGGAGCUCUAGCAAUUUUCUUACGCUACUGCUGAUUGUACAGAACUUAGGAUCUGCCAUGGCAGAUGUUGUUAUAGAUGCAAUGGUUGCAGAGGCAGUUCGAUCAGCAGGGCCAGAAUUUGCUGGUGACCUCCAGUCAUUAUCUUGGUCAUCAAUGGCUGUUGGGGGGAUAUUUGGGAGCUUACUGGGAGGAUAUGCAUUAUCUAAUCUCCCGAUCAACGUUAUAUAUAUUAUUUUCUCAGCUCUUCCGUUGUUCCAACUAGUUUCAUGUAUUUUCGUUGAGGAAUCUCCGAAAGAAUUCGAGAACAUGGUAGAUAAUAUCGUACAUGAUCGUGCUGAUGAUCAAAGUAUUGAUACUGCUUUUGCUGGAAAAGGCUCUGGUGAAUCAUUUAAAUACGAGGGUACUAGGAGACGAAAGGGUGCUCAUAAGAAGAACAAAAGGAGAUCAUUUGCCAAACGAUAUGACGCCCACGAGAACCACAAUAAGUCAAUCAGUUCAAGGCCCUACUUAUCUCUGAAGUCAGCCUUCUUCAGUUUAUGCACAGCUUUUAAGCAGCCAGCCAUUUUGCGUCCUAUGGCAUGGUUUUUCAUAUCAAAUGCAGCAAUUCCGAAUAUCUCAACAGUCAUGUUCUAUUAUCAAACAGAGGUUCUACAUUUGGAGGCAUCCUUUCUAGGGACCGCACGUGUGAUUGGGUGGUUCAGUUUAAUGCUUGGCACAUAUAUCUACAACCGCUACUUAAAGCAUAAGAAACUCAGGAAUAUUCUUAUGUUUGCACACGUUGGUCUUGCCAUAAUUACUGUACUGGAUAUUUUGUUGGUGUCACAAUUACAUAUCCAGUAUGGAAUUGCAGAUAAAUACAUGGUGCUGUGGGGUUCUGCUUUGGCUGAUGCUAUCAACCAGUUCAAGAUGAUGCCGUUUCUAAUCCUCUCAGGACAGCUUUGCCCACCUGGAAUCGAGGGCACACUGUUUGCUCUAUUCAUGUCCAUCAACAACCUCAGCAACACAUUAGGUUCAUUCCUGGGAGCUGCAUUGACGUCAGCUUUGAACAUCUCAUCAGUACAGUUUGAUAAUCUGGCUCUCGGCCUGGGUGUUCAGCUGAUUGGCACUCUCUUGCCUAUCGGUUUUUUGUUUUUGAUUCCAAGGGAAGUUACAGGACUAGCACCAUAGGAACAGGGAUUCAGACCUGAUCAUUCUUUUUUUCUGGAAUGGUUUGUGCUCCCUAGUCUUACUCAUACAUGGAUAUAUAGGAAGCAGAUUGAAGCUAGAAGGAAGGUAGUUCAGUUUCGUUGAAAGAUGUUUAGAUGUUUAGACUUUAGACAGCACCAAGCAUUUUAAGCAUACACCGAAGUUCUGCCACCUGUGUAGGCAAUGUGCCUCGUUACACUGUUUAUUUUAUGACUGCACAUAUAUUUUUAACUAUACUUACACAAUUUCAAUAUUUAA